AUGAAAUUCUUCUUGCUAUUAUCCACAGUAUUCCUGACUGGAGCAUGUUAUUGUGCUCCUUCAAAUUCGAAAGGAAAUGGUGGCAACGCUACGCAGGAUUCUGGAGAUGAAACUCCUGUUUCUCAAGUUCAACGAGUAACUCAACAAAUUCCACAAGAGAAACAGACUGUUCCAAGCACAAAUGUUGGAGCUCCUACACCUGUUCCACUACAUAAUCGCUCUACCAAAGAACUCGCAGUUCCAAUUACCCUAGAUUUGGCUAAGGUGGAUACCAACUCGGUUGAUGUUCCAGCUACUACUGUGCGAGAUGGCAUAAAUACAACCUACUACUACCCAAAGGGAAAGUUUUAUUUUGAAAAGAUAGUGGAUGAAGCCAAGACGGUAUGGGAGUCUACUGAAAAGAAGUGUUCUCCAGCGUACACUAUCUCAAAGGGUAACGUAACAUUUCUUGCUCUCUUGCUAAAGAAGUCUGAUGAUGAGACCGAUUUAAUAUACUACGAAAAGAAGAAUCUAGGGUGGAAGCUUGUCGAGAAGACAAAGAGUGAAAAUAUAAUAGAGGAACUAAAGAGGCAGCCUGAGCAACCAGCUGUAAAAACCAUCGACUUGGAUCUUUCAGAUGUUGAUUCUACAGCAUUCUCUGUAGAAGAAUCUGAGGAGGAUAAGGUUCCUAUCAAAAAAUAUGCCGUUAAAACUGAUCAUCACUUGAAUGAGAUAAAUGAUGGAGAUUUUGAACUUUGGAAAUCGGAAUCUCCGAACAAACAUUGUACACUUGCUACGGUAUACUUUGAGGGAGAGAAUCCCAUGCUGCUAUCCCUAACACUUAACCAAGGAUUUGUUUAUUUGAAAAAGAAUGGUAAAUGGGUUGGUGUUUCUAAGGAUGACUGUGAUGUUGCAUUGACUGAGAUGAAGAGACUGGCUUCCUUACCCAAAGCCAGGACUGUUGAAUUAGAUAUCGCUGAUAUAGACGGCAAUGCCUUUACGGUUAAGGAGGAAGCCUUAGAAGGAGUACCUCUCAAGACAGUGACUCCCAAGGAUGGUGUCCUCAUAACUUCUGUUAUGGAUGGAGAGAAGGAAGUCUGGAAGGGUGCAGAUAAGGAGCAUGCUCUGCAAGUAUUAGUUUGCUAUGAUGGAGAGUCUCCUGUAUCAGUAGUGGUAAACUUUGUAAAGGCUGAUGGAAAGAAUGUUUGGAGGUACCAUAAUUUGAAGGAGAACGAGUGGAGUGUGGUAAAGAAAGAAGACUGUGAGAAUCUCUUGGAGGAGUUAAAGAAGGAGGUCUCCACUGAACUCCCUAAGGAUGUUAGUACUGUUCAGUCAGCUGAACAAGACGGUCUUGUCCUUGAUCUUGCUAGUCCCAACUCAUCCCAGUGCAAAUCCUUCGAUUAUAACUUUGCUGGUAAUGCUGUUCAACUCAUUGUUCCUAAUAAAGGCACUACUGUAUCUACGCUUAUGAACGGCACUGAGGAUGUACACGCUCUUUCAGCUGGAGAGACAUUACAAUAUGCCAACUUGUAUCUCAACAAGGAUGGUACUCCUGAACUUAUAUUAGUCACUCUCAAAACUUCUUCUGGAAUAUCACGAAGGGACUAUGUAAAGGAGGAAGGUGAAUGGACUGUCUGCAAUAAUAUUGAUGCCAAGAUGAGGAGCUUGAGGACCUCUACAACUUUCAAAUCUAAUUUUACCAUGGAUAUUGCCUUGGCGAAUAGUACCAAAGAAUGCAGUGUCUUUGAAGUAGAUCUUCUAGGUAUUACCAUUAGGCAUUUCUUUCCGAAGCCUGGUCAUCUAGUAAUUGGAGUAAAGGAUGGAGAUAAGGAACUAUGGACGCCUUCAAAAGAUUUGGAUAAUUGCCUUUCUUGCCUCGUUUAUAAGAAGGGAUCUAUGGAGUUACUGGAGAUUACACUCGUAGAGGGUGGCUCGGUUGGAAAGAAGUACUUUGAGAAACUUGAUGGGAAGUGGAAUAACAUCACACAAGGAGACUUGUUAAAUAAGCUUCAGGAAAUGAGAAAGUCGGUAUCAUCUCCUAAUCCUUCUACUACUCCAUCUCAAUAG